ACAAGCUUUGAACUAGCUUCCUCUUUCUUGGUAAACUGGACGCAACAUAUGUUUGUCUAAAAGCCUAAACUUCAAACAGCAUGGUGCAACUCCUGCUGACGAAACCCAAAUGUAUUCCUGAAUAUGGACUGAGGAUGGAUCUGACCCACUGCAGCCUUUAAAAAGAUGUUUGGUCUAAGAGUGUGUUUGAGUUAUUCCAUCAUGAUGAAGAAGCUCGUUGCAUUUGCUGCUCUGCUUGUUGCUGUUCUCAGCAAGGGAGACUUCCAUGGGCAUCAGGUUUUCCGGAUUGUCCCGAAAGAUGAUGUCCAAUUGGCCCUUGUUAGAGUUUUGGAAGACAUAUUGGACUUGGAGCUGGACUUCUGGAGAUGGGUGACGCCUGUGGAUGUCAGAGUUCCCUCUCAUAGCCUGCAGGUUGUCAAGACCUACCUAGAGAAUCACUGCAUCAAGUACUUCACCAUGAUUAAAGACCUUCAGGCUUUGCUGGAUGAGGAGCAGAGGCAGAUGAAGUCCAUCGCUCCUGCUGGAAACACUGACAGCUUCGACUACACCAACUACCACACCCUCAGUGAAGUUAGUUUAAGUUCAUUAUCAGUGUAUACGCAGAGCUGAAUAUUAGAUGGAGAAUGUUUAUUAUAAUAACAUCGGGUUUUGUCUAGGGCUGUGGCGAUACAAUAAUCUCACGAUACAAUACACAAUAUUCAGCAAAUGAUACGAUUCUAUACACUUUUACAAUUUUCUGAAAGAUUUUAGAGG